AUGAGUGAUAUACUGUUGGAAUACUUGAACCAAAUAAUGAAACUAGGAACUUUAUUGCUUGAGUUACUGUCAGAAGCUCUUGGACUAAAUUCAAGCUAUUUAAAUGAUAUUGGUUGUGCUGAGGGGUUAUUUGCUUUAGGCAAUUACUAUCCACCAUGUCCUGAACCAGAAUUAACUUUGGGAACUCCAAAACAUGCUGACGUUGAUUUCAUCACUGUGCUUCAACAAGAUCAUAUAGGUGGCCUCCAAGUUCUUCAUGAGAAUAUGUGGAUUGAUGUACCUCCACAACCUGAGGCUCUAGUUAUUAAUAUUGGUGAUUUUCUGCAGCUUAUCACAAACGACAAAUUCAAAAGUGGUCAGCACAGAGUGUUGGCAAACCGUGUAGGUCCAAGAAUCUCUAUUGCAUGUUUCUUUAGUACUCGUCAUCAUCCAUCUACAAGGAUUUACGGUCCCAUCAAGGAGCUUUUGUCCGAAGACAAUCCUGCAAAAUAUAGAGAAACUUCAAUUUCAGAUUUUGCAAUUCAGUACACAACAAAACGUAUGAAUGGUGCUUCUCCUCUGAUGAAUUUCAGAAUUUGAUUAGCACAAAUCAAGUGAAAGUGAUUAUGUAUGUAAACUUAUACUUUCGGUGUUUCUUGAGACAGAAUAAGAAAAACAAUUUUUAUUGAAAAAUAAUUUGGUACUUCAAUCAGUAGAUUAAAUAUGUUGAAUGA